AAAGAACACCCUCGACUAUAAAAGCAGGUGAAACACACCCAAAGGACCUAGUCAGUCAUGAUGUUGGCGUUCUUGCUUCUUGUGACUCUGGCCCUAGCAUCUGCUCACCAUUCUGGUGAGCACUUUGAAGGUGAGAAGGUGUUUCGUGUCAAUGUUGAAGAUGAAAAUCACAUCACCUUACUUCAUAAGUUGGCCAGCACCACCCAGAUUGACUUCUGGAAACCAGAUUCUGUCAUACAAAUCAAACCUCACAGUACAGUUGACUUCCGUGUUAAAGCAGAAGAUAUUUUCACUGUGGAAGAUUUUCUGGAGCAGAAUGAACUACAAUAUGAGGUAUUGAUAAGCAACCUGAGAUCUGCGUUGGAAGGUCAGUUUGACAGCCAGGUCCGUGCAACUGGACACAGUUAUAAGAAGUACAACAGAUGGAAAACGAUAGAGGCUUGGACUCAACAAGUCACCAGUGAGAAUCCAGACCUCAUCUCUCGCAGUGCCAUUGGAACCACAUUUGAAGGACGCACUAUGUACCUCCUCAAGGUUGGCAAAGCUGGACCAAAUAAGCCUGCCAUUUUCAUGGACUGUGGUUUCCAUGCCAGAGAAUGGAUUUCCCCCGCAUUUUGCCAAUGGUUUGUGAGAGAGGCUAUUCGCACCUAUGGACAAGAGAUCCAAAUGACAGAACUUCUCGACAAGUUAGACUUUUAUGUCUUGCCUGUGUUCAAUAUCGACGGCUACGUCUACACCUGGACCAAGAACCGAAUGUGGAGAAAGACCCGCUCCACCCAGGCUGGAACUACCUGCAUUGGCACAGACCCCAACAGAAAUUUUGAUGCUGGCUGGUGCGAACUCGGAGCUUCUCGAGACCCCUGUGAUGAAAUUUACUGUGGACCUGCUGCAGAGUCCGAAAAAGAGACAAAGGCCGUGGCUAAUUUCAUCCGCAGCAACCUCUCUUCCAUCAAAGCAUAUCUGACAAUCCACUCAUACUCCCAAAUGCUGCUCUACCCUUAUUCCUAUGAUUAUAAACUCACAACGAACAAUGCUGAGUUGAAUGCCCUGGCUAAAGCUACAGUAAAAACACUUGCCAGCCUGCAUGGCACCAAGUACACAUAUGGCCCAGGAGCUACAACAAUCUAUCCUGCUGCUGGGGGCUCUGAUGACUGGGCUUAUGACCAAGGAAUCAAAUACUCCUUUACCUUUGAACUCCGGGACAAAGGCAGAUACGGCUUUACCCUCCCUGAAUCCCAGAUUCAGCCAACCUGUGAGGAGACAAUGCUGGCCAUCAAGUACCUUGCCGAAUAUGUCCUGGAACAUCUGUACUAGUAGAGAAUGCUGACAGCCUUAUUUCAAAGUGCUCACUCUAUGUUUCUUUUCUAUCCUGAAUUCUUACUUUUGUCUGCCUGGAUAUUUUCUAGAUCCCAAUCUUUCUUUUAAGCUUCUAGUCUAUUAAACUACGGAUCUUUUAAUACUGAUCAUAAUGAAAAUGAAUCAUUAUAAUUAGAAACCUGACAGACUGUCUACUUCUUUGGGGGAAAAAAAAGAAAUGAUGUGAACCAAUGACUAAGCAAGCCAUCCAAAGGUAAUGAUGUGGAUCAGCUAUAUAGGAAUUAAAGUCCUCAAGGUAUUUGUCAACACUGGCAGAGUGCAGAGAUGUACAGGUUAUACUGGGGGCUUAUGAGGAAGAUGACAUAUAAGGGAAAAUUUAGGAAAGUGUAGUCUAGGUGACAUAUAAGGGAAAAUUUAGGAAAGUGUAGUCUAGGUGUAGUCCAUCUUGCUUUAGGUUUCAUCUCAGCUUAUUUAUUCUGUGAACUGUCUAUUUCAUGUCAAACAAUUAGGGACAGAGCAAUGAAAAAGAAAGACAGUUCUGCCUUCAGUGGACAUUUGGGAAGACAGACAUGAAAUAAAUAAUCAGCUAUUUCACUAAUUAUUUAAUAAUUCAGGAUUUAAUUUAUAUUAAGCAAGUAAGUGCUAGAAAAAUUACAUAAAAAGAACAUAUACAGGGUCAAGGUCUGCCUCCCUGAUGUGGGAGAGAAGGCUCUCUCAGGGAAUGCUGGAACCUGGAGAAUAAGUCACAAUCAUCUGGACAAAGGGAGUGCCCCUUCCAAGCCCUGUGAGGGUGCAGAACCCAUAGGAAGAAAGGUAGUUUUCUAUAUUCCCUGGGGGAAUUCCCUGAGGGAAGAAGGGCUGAGGGGGGGGGACUAUCAGGCAGAGUUUAGAGCUUAAGGGUUUGUUUGGAACAUUGGUAUAAGAACAAGGAAGCCAUGGAAAAGAUUCAGUUCCAAAUGACAUGAUCAGAGUUUUUAAAACAUCAACCAACUAAAGUAAAAAGCAGACUGGAAGUAAAACAAGAGGGUCUCAGGAGGGUGUUACAAGGAGAUUGUUACAGGAGGGUGUUACAAAGCAGAUCGGAAGUAAAACAAGAGGAUAUUAGGCCUUAAACAAAAGAGGCAAAAACUACUCCAUGACUUGAAGUUUCCCAGAAUUAGAAACGAACAUGCUAAUGUCAGAGAGUAUUAUGCACAAAGUUCAAAUUUUAAAAUAUAAGAAUAGGUAUUUAGUUACAAUUCGGGGGCAUCUCUUAAUUUAAAAUGUAGUACUCUAUUUACUUUAAAAUAUGAGCUCACUGUUUUCUAUGUGGAUCCAAGGAAAAUAGGAUUCCAAAUCUAGCAAAACAUGUUAAAAUAUCUAUGAUAGUGUUCUAUUCAAAAGAAUCCUUUGAAGUCACAGUGCUUUGAAAGUUGUCAAGCCAAAGAAUGAUUAAUUUAAUCAAUUGUCCACUAGAUGGUAGCAGUGCAGCUGCUACAAUUUGUCAAGCAAUCAUCUUCAAAAUAAUUUAGUAAUACAUCAUUUAAACAGAUACACAGACAGACACCUAAGUGCAAAAAGAAAUUCCCAUGAUUCUCAAGCAGUAUUGACAGUAAUAAAAAAAAUAGAUGUAAUUUAGCUAAA